UGGAAGUUGGAGCGAAGGUGAUGAAGAUGAAAAAAUGGCGUACCGUAUAUACGCAGAUUGCUUUGAUUUGAUGUCUUUUGUUUUCUUCCUCAUUAGAUUACACUUUCUUUUUCUUCUCAUUCAGCUUCGGGAUUCCAAUUCCAAUCUCUCUCUUCUCUCUCUCUAGAUAACCAUUUGAUUUCCAUUCCUCAGAAUCGCAGCAGAAUUCUGAUUUCUGAGUGAGUUGCAGAGUUCAAUCACUCGAAAGCCCAUCUCUUAAUGCCAAGGAGAAGAAUCCGCUCAUUCAUCUCCAAGCUCGAUUGAUGGGUUACCUUUCUUGCCGAGCGGAAUCUGCAAUUUCGACUUCCAAUUCGUUAACCCCAUCGUCUUCUAGAAAUUCGUCCCACAGACGGGAGAAACCGAUUAAGAUCCAACAGUUCGAUUACAGUGAUCUCGAGGCCGCCACCAAUGGCUUCUCCGACCAGAAGCUUUUGGGGAAAGGCAGCCAUGGAUAUGUCUAUAAAGCCGUUCUCGGCGGCCGUCUUGUCGCGGUUAAGAAACCCUCUCGAGCCCUAGCUCCUACUCCUCGUCCUCGUCCUGCUUCGUUAUCGGCUUCCAUGGCUUACGAAGUCACCAACGAGGUCGAUAAUGAGAUCGAAAUUUUGUCCAAAAUUCAGAGCCCUAGAUUGGUCAAUCUCGUGGGUUUCACCAACGAUUCAAAGGAUAGGCUUCUGGUGGUGGAGUUUAUGAGCAAUGGUACGCUUUAUGAUGUGAUUCAUUCGGGUUCCAGACCUCUUUAUUGGGGUCGAAGGAUUCGAUUAGCUUUACAAACUGCUAAGGCCAUUGAAACUCUCCAUGCUUCAAACCCUCCUGUAAUUCAUAGAGAUAUCAAGUCUGCCAAUGUACUGAUUGACAGGAACUACAAUGCCAGAUUGGGGGAUUUUGGGCUGGCGAUUCAGGGCCAUGCUGAUGAUUACCGGCUCCGCUCGACGCCCCCGGCCGGCACGAUGGGGUACCUUGAUCCUUGUUAUGUGACCCCUGAUAAUUUAAGUACAAAAACUGAUGUGUUCAGCUUUGGGAUUUUGAUGUUGGAGAUUAUCAGUGGAAGGAAGGCUAUUGAUGUUGGAUAUUCCCCUCCUUCCAUUGUUGAUUGGGCUGUUCCUCUUAUAAAGAAAGGGAAGCUAAUGGCCAUUUAUGAUCCAAGAAUUGCUCCCCCUAAGGACCCCAUUGUUAGAAAGCAGUUGGCUGUGAUUGCUGCUAAGUGUGUGAGGUCUUGUAGAGAGAGGAGACCUUCCAUGAAAGAUGUGGUUGUUUGGCUUACUGGGUUGAGCAAACUGGUUCCUCUUCAUUCUUGGAAUAGCUUUAACAAUCCAUGUAUGAUGGUGGAGACCGUGGGACGGCCAGUCGAAAUGAGGAAUUCGCAACAGAAUUUGAGAAGUCAUGGUGUUGAAGAUGGGGAUUUGGAUGUAGGUGAUGCAAAAGUCUUGCAGCGAGAUAUCAAGAACUCGAGGAGAGUUUACUCUGAUUUGGGGUUCAGUAACAACUUGAUGGAUCUCAUGGCUUGCAUUGAGGAGGAGUCUGGCUUCCGGGAAGAGGCUAACCGUGUCGGGUCUCACUCGAGAUUCUCAAGCCGGUUCUUCAGUUCAAGAUUCGUUACUGGAAAGAAUCAUGAACUUGAGGGAAAAUGAAAACUUCUGAGUUAUGUUCUGAGGAGGUGACUUGUUUGCUCACUUGAAGCUUCAAUGAUCAGCCUGUUGAUGACACACACACAGUUCAAUUUUCAAAACUUUGGUUGAAUCAUCUAUGGCUUGUGAUCUUCUCUUUCUUGAAAGUUUCAAAUUGUAGGUAAUUUUUUGGCAGCUUGAUUUUCUUCUGAGUUCAAUCUAAUGAUCUCGAGCAUGGUUAAUUCUAGAUCAUGGGCACAUUGCUGAUGUUCCCCUUAUUUGUUAAUUCUGUUAUUUCUUGCUCAUUGUUCGUAUGUUAUUGUAAAUGGAAUCUUUAUGUAUGGUGAAGAUUCUUUCCAAUGGCAUUCAAGUUGUAUCACGGUUCAAAAGUUUCUGAUUGAAAGGAAGAAAGUUCAAAAAUUGCUCUGUUA